CAAGAUUCAUUUCUCUACUGCACAACAUCAUACCCAUAAAAGGGCUGCCCAUAGUACUUAGUGUUGUGAGAAAAACACACACCACAUAAAAAUGGGGAGGGACUGGAAAACAAUGCAGAAAGGGUUGGAUGAAGCUGUUUCAAAGAGCAGAGUUGGGAGGUACUUCAAGUUGGAGGCGAGAAAGAGCUCGUUCAGUAGAGAGUUGCGUGCUGCCACUGCCACGUUCCUCACUAUGGCGUACAUUAUCUCCGUCAACGCCACCAUCCUGGCGGAUUCUGGGGGGACGUGUUCCGUGUCCGACUGCAGCGCACCUGCCAGUCCGGACUGCAGGCUAAAGCCUAAUGUGGGCUAUCAGAACUGCCUGUCGAAACUCAAGAGUGAUCUCAUUGUGGCUACUGCCCUGUCAUCCAUGAUUGGAUCACUUGCGAUGGGCUUACUAGCCAACCUCCCGCUUGGCCUGGCUCCCGGCAUGGGUGCAAACGCGUACUUGGCCUACAACUUGGUGGGCUUCCAUGGGUCCGGACAAAUGACAUACCGUACUGCCAUGGCUAUCGUCUUCGUCGAAGGCUGCGCAUUUCUCGCCAUUGCAGUUCUUGGGCUCCGUGCCAAAUUGGCUCGGCUGAUUCCGACGUCGGUACGACUCGCCUGCGCCGCGGGCAUUGGGCUGUUCAUUGCCUUUGUGGGCUUACAGCCCCACCAAGGUGUGGGUCUGGUGGGUCCUGAUCCAGCCACUUUGGUCACACUAUCUGCUUGCAAAAACAUAAAUCCAGCCAGUGGUGAGUGCAUUGGUGGGAAGAUGCAAAGCCCGACUUUCUGGCUUGGCUUGGUGGGCUUCCUGAUAAUGUGUUAUGGACUAAUGAAGAACAUCAAAGGCAGCAUGAUAUACGGCAUGCUCUUUGUGACGCUAAUAUCGUGGAUUAGGGGCACUUCUGUCACUGUAUUCCCAUACACUAAGCUCGGGGAUUCGACUUUCGACUACUUCAAAAAAGUGGUCGAUUUUCACAAAAUAGAGUCCACUUUCUGGGCCAUCAGCUUCGCGGACUUCAACAGAACUGAAGUGUGGGUGGCCUUAGCCACGCUGCUAUAUGUCGACGUUUUGGCCACCACAGGCACGCUGUACACAAUGGCUGAAAUCGGAGGGUUCGUGAAUGAAGGAGCUUUCGAGGGGGAAUACACGGCGUACAUGGUGGACGCAGGCGCCACAAUCGUGGGCUCCGCCCUCGGAGUCUCGCCCAUCGCCACGUAUGUCGAAUCAACGGCGGGAAUCAGGGAAGGUGGGAGAACCGGGCUAACGGCUGUGAUCGUGGGAAUAUACUUUGGGCUGUCGUUGUUCUUGACGCCUUUGCUUAGCAGUGUGCCGCCGUGGGCAGUCGGGCCGUCUCUGGUGAUGGUGGGGGUGCUGAUGAUGAAGGUGGUGAAGGAGAUAGAGUGGGAGAACGUGAAGGAAGCGGUGGCGGCGUUUGUUACUAUAAUUCUGAUGCCAUUGACGUAUUCAAUCGCGAAUGGGAUCGUUGGAGGGAUUGGGAUUUUCGUUGCGCUUGAAUUGUUUGAGCGUGCUGUGGGAUGUAUGAAGUGGGCAAUGAAGAUGAGGAGAAUGGUUGUGAAGGAGCAGAAUCAGGUGUCUGCUGCUGCUGCUGCUGAGCAGAGUCUUGAAAUCAUUUGACAUUAAUGCGUUCUACAGGGUUAAAUGCUACUGUUGAUACUUUAUAAAAAUACUAAUAGGUAAAAAAAUUUCUAAAUUAAAAAAAAAAAGGCAAUGCGACCCCUGAAUUUUUAAGAAAAUGGGCAAUGAUCCCCUCGGAGGAGGACGGCGGUCGUUUUACCUUUUUUUUUUUGGGGGAAAUUUUGCCUAUUAAUAUUUUUAUAAGGGGUAAAGUGCAAUUAACCUUGGUUUAUUAUGGAUUUAUAGUAGUGGUUUUUUGUUCUUUUUUUUUUUUUAAAUUUUAUGUGACGGGAUAUGCACAAGUCGCCGUAAGAGAUAGUCAUUGAUGGGAAAAUAGGAACAGUUUGAGUCUUUUACAUGUUAAAUUAGUAUCGUAUCUUAUUUGCAAUGUGCAGUACAAGAUACGAUACUAAUUUAUAAUAAAAGAUUCAAAUCAGAAAAUUAACGAGGAAAGUUGACCUUUCAAGGGCGAUUGUGCUUUUCAUUUUGUUCUUUUUUGUAGAAUUUUUAGAUUAAAGAAGGAAUUCAACUAUUUUAGAGUUGGA